GGGGCUGUUGGGGCUCGGGACUGGUCCUAGGUUGUGUCCUGCCCUCCACCCCCCCUCUUCACACAGCUGUAGAUUUUUUGCUUCUGCUUUUGAUGGUGGGAAUCGCCAAGGGUUGGUCAGGGGACUUCAGGAAGUGUCCAAGGCCACCCUUGGCUGUGGCACAUGUCUGAUCCCAGAAACCACCCCAUCUCUUGUGGAUGACUUCCAGAACUACCCUGACACUACUGAGGAUGCCAGGAGGGUUUCUGGCCCUCCUGACCGCUGCAGUGCCUGCUGUCCCAGCCCCCUGCCUCUGUCCCUCCUGUCCCAGGACAGCAAUAUUGUCACAGAGUGGUAUUUAUUCUGCACAUUGUGGUGACAAUGACUGUGAUAUCUGUUAGGAGGCUGUGGAGUUACCUACUUUUUUUCCUUUUUUCUUUUUUUUUUUUAAUGGAAAAAUAAACUGUCCCCCAUUGCUGCCGUUCCCCUGAAUAGCUCAGCAGGGGAGCAGGGGGAGAGCAAUGCUCCCGAGCAUCACUUUGGGGCUCCCCUCUGCCUGUGACACGCUGGGGAGAGAGUGGUCCUGGCACAGGAGGUGGUGUGAGCAUAACCCUCCAGUUGUGCAUGAAGCUUUGGGAAGGAAUAACUUCAUCUUGGGUGUGUGUGGGGGGGGGGUAGGACCAGGCAUCUCUUGUUGGGGAAUAGGUUUCACAUGUCCCCCAGGAGUGGGACCCCGGCUGCCCCUGGGUUGGGGGCUGCAUCCUGGGCCCACUACAGCACUGCCAGCUGCUGGGAUGUGCUGUUGCUGCACAUCAGCCCUCCACCCCCCGCUUCCCUACACGUUUUGUUCUUCAUCACCAGCCUGCACAGACAGUGCCUGUUGCUAAGGAGCUCUCACCAACUUUAAAUGCUUCCCCAGAUUUAGCAGCAGCUCUGGCUCAGCUUGUGGGCAGGAACGUGGUUAUCUUUCCAUCCCACAGUGCUCCCACAUCUCCCAGUCCUGAGGAGGAGGAUGGGGCGGUGCCAAAUCAGCACCUGUGUUCCCGGGAGCGCUGCGGAGGGGCAGCUCUGUGCCGAUCCGGGAGCAGCGUGCAGCUCAGCAGUGCCCGGGGAGGGAGGGACAGUGCAGAUCACACGCGCUAUGGGGACAUGGGUCUGUGCCAGGGCUGCCGUGCAAAGGGCAGUGGCUCAGGAUGGUGAGAGGGUGAUCCCAGGAAUGGGAAAUUCUUGGUCCCCUCGGGGCCUCCCCGGAGGAAGCUCGAGGAUUUGCCGCAGAGAGCUGCGAAGGCCCUGGGGAAAAGGAGGCUGAGACGGGGCUGGAGUGGCGUUCAGUUUCCAGAAUGGUGUCCCCAAGGGCUUGGGGUGCGAGCAGCUGGCUGAGCCCUGGGCACCCCCGGCUGAACUGCGAUACAGGGGAGGGGGCACCCGAGCCGCUCUCCUGGGCAGGGGGAGGGCUGUGCUCCGCGCGGGGACGGUGGUCUCCCCGCAACCCCUCUCCCACCCCAGUCCCGCAAUACCGCGUCCACUCAGAGCUGCGUACGGCGCGGAGGAAUCCUCGGCUGGGGGGCACCUCUGUGCAGCAGCACUUCUCCCCCAGCCCCGAGUUCGGCUGCCCUGGGACUGUCUCAGCCCUGGAACGCUCCGUUCCCCCGAAGCCGUUAAUAUGGGGUUGGGGGCGGCGGGGCGGGGCGGGCUCGGUCCCGAAGAGGUUAAGCAGCGGCCCGGUGGGAUGAAACCCCGGAGCUUCAUGGGAUGCCGUAUAAAGACGUUCCGCCGCCGGGAGCUCCCGGUGCGCACGGAGCGCUGUGCCAUGGAGCCGCCGGGCACCGCCGGGGCACCGGGAGCGGCGGGGCGGCCCUGGGAUGAGGCGAAGGCGUUCUACGAUAACCUCACCCCCAAGAAGAAGCCUAAAUCGCCAAAGCCUGAGAACGCCAUCACCAUCGCAGUGUCCUCACGGGCGCUUUUCCGCAUGGAGGAGGAGCAGAAGAUUUACAAUGAGCAGGGGGUGGAGGCCUACGUGAAAUACCAGCUGGACCAUGAGAAUGAGCCCUUCCUCCCUGGGGCCGCCUUCCCCUUCGUCAAGGCACUGGAAGCGGUGAACACGCAGCUUCGGGAGCUCUAUCCUGACAGCGAGGAGCUCUUUGACAUUGUCCUGAUGACCAACAACCAUGCCCAGGUCGGGGUCCGCCUGAUCAACAGCAUCAACCACUACGAUCUGUUCAUCGAGAGGUUCUGCAUGACAGGGGGGAACAGCCCCAUUGGUUACCUCAAGGCUUACCACACCAACCUCUACCUCUCCUCUGAUGCAGAGAAAGUGAGUGGGGCCAUUGAAGAGGGGAUCGCCGCAGCCACCAUCUUCAGCCCCAGCAAAGACCUGGAGGUGUCAGAGAAGCAGCUGCGUGUGGCGUUCGAUGGCGAUGCUGUGCUCUUCUCAGAUGAGUCGGAGCAGAUCGUGAAGGCUCACGGCCUGGACAUGUUCUUCGAGCAUGAAAAGGCUCACGAGAACAAUCCUCUGGCACAGGGACCCCUGAAGGGCUUCCUGGAGGCCCUGGGAAAGCUACAGAAGAAGUUCUACUCCAAAGGGCUGAGGAUGGAGUGCCCCAUUCGCACCUACCUGGUCACAGCCCGCAGCGCUGCCAGCUCGGGCGCACGAGCCCUAAAGACUCUGCGCAGUUGGGGCCUGGAGACAGAUGAAGCGCUGUUCCUGGCUGGUGCUCCCAAGGGCCCCCUGCUGAAGAAGAUCCGUCCCCACAUCUUCUUUGACGAUCAGAUGUUCCACGUGGAGGGAGCCAAGGAGAUGGGCACCGUCGCUGCUCACGUCCCCUACGGCGUUGCACAGAAGCACAAGCGGCCGCUGCAGGAGAAGCAGCCCCAGAACAGCAAAUAGGGCACAACAUGGAGCUGCGAGAGGAGGAGGAGGAGGAUGCUGAAGGCUUCCUGUCACCUCAGUGUUUUGCGGUGUCAUGACGUCGUCCCCUUCCUCACGGCACCACUUCCCCAUUGGGUUGGUGUAACCCAUCAGCUGUUCUGAAGUCCCAGGUGGUUCCCAGAGCCUUUGGUUCAAAGAGUGAACGUUGAGGCUGAGCUGUUGGACUGGAGAGGGGUGAGCACAAAAAGCCCCUCCUGAAGCUUUCAGCAAAGUACUAAAACAAAACCCUUUCCUGUCGUACAAACACGGAAUCCUCAGGGUCGGAGAAGACCUCUGAGGUCAUGCAGUCCAUCCACCACUACUGCCCACUGAACCGCAGCGCCAAGCACUGCAUCCCAUCUUCCCUUCAUCGCCUGCAGGGAUGGUGACCCCACCACUGUUCCUGUUUCAUAUUUGGAAAUAUAGAAACAAAUACAUCUAAAAAAAAAAAAACAACAACAACAUAGGAAUCCCAUUUUCUGCUUUUGGAGCUUUGGGCCAUUGGCCCAGAAUUUGGGUGCCAAGGUUGCACCCGCAGUAAAGCAGCCAAAUCUCAGCUCUGGUGUGUGCCUUCCUGGGUCUGCAGAUACAUCCCUGGGGCUUAAAUUAAAGUAAAAGCAGCCCCAGAAUAUUAGGAACGUCAUUUGAAGUCCAUUUAUUCAAAUCUGUGGAGAAUUUCAGCCUUGGGGACUUAAUUUAAGGAUUUUUUUGCCUCUCUGAGCUGAGCCCGUAGGGGUGGAUAAUCUUUUUCUCCUCAGCUUCUUAAAGCUGUGGUGUUCCCAGAAUAGACCCUGGGAGAAAGAGCCACCUCUGUGAUCAGAGAGCAGGAAGGGGAAUCAACGGGAGCGCUGCUCUGCGGGGUGUGAGCGUCACAUCGACGUCCCCAUGUCCUGUGGCAAAUGUGAGCAUUGCUUUUGCAUGCUUCUCUCCUUUUUGUUUGCUUGUUCUGAAAGCAGAGCAUGCACCAUGGGGCACGGAGGGCACUCAGCAUGAGUUCUUUGCAGCGCCUCCCUAGGAUGAGGCUCUCCCUGUACAUGCCUGCUUUGCUUUGCAGGAUGGCUCCAGCUGACCUGGCAGUGGUUGUGGCCCUUCCAGCCAAUCCCCAAUGGGCUGACCAUGCCCUCAUCGGCUCUGCAGACUGUUUUCUUGUUGCACUAAAUCCUGCUUCAGCAGUGAAAAGCAAAUUGCACUUUUCCCCCCUCCCUGAACGCUUUCAUUUUGACAGACUGUUCUGUGGCACCUGAGUGACCGAGGUCUGCAAUCCCAACAAAAAAAGUCUGGAAAGAACUCUAUUAAUAUACAUGUCCAUCAAAAAAUCCUGUCUCCAUGUGAACCACAGAUGUGGGCUCUGAGCAGUGUCUCUCAGCCCUUCUUAUCCUCCAUUGAGUAUUUCCCAGGUGUUUCCUGAAGAUCCCAUCUUGGAAGCCCAGCUGCAGCAUGGAAGGGGGUGGGGGUGGGGGAACGGCAUUGCCAGAGAGUGUGUGUGGGGGGGGAGGUGGGGUGAAGAUGGGAUGGGGUGGGAUGCAAUGGGAUGGGCCAUGGGCAAUUGUACAGCUGCUAAAGGUGGGUGCCAUUGGUGUGUGCAUCCAGGCAAGGUGUGGGAAGUGGCUCCAGCACAGUCUGUGUGUCUCCAGCCCCAGUGGGCACUGCUGUGGCCUUCGUGCUGCAUUGGCCAACAAAUGGACUUCACCACUCCAUCUCCCAUCGGUUUUGCUUUGCUGUUCUCCCGUGGUUUUUCUUGUGAGUGAGCUGCCACGGCAACGAAACCCCUUUGGGUGGUGUUCUGUAAUAAAUGGUGUUGGUCGCA